UUGCGGCUUCAUAUCACAUACGGAAGCUACUGGUGACAAUGACGCGUCACACGCUAACAAUUUGGACAUCAAAUUAAGAUAAACACAUCCGUAUAAUGGAGUAUAUUACUUCUUUCUUCAGACGCCAGUCAUAAUUCUGCGCGCACGCAGUUUAUUAUCGGUCUCCUUAACGCACGGACAUACACUCGCGAAAAUUGCGUUACAAAAUGGCUAAAUAACAGCUUACGUGAAGUGUUAUCGUUAAACAAAAGUGUACUUUAAACUUAUAUAAAUAUAACCUAGCUUACAAUGGCGACGGUUCCCGAAACACCAACCCCUGAAGAAACUCCUUCCCCAAGUGUUAACAAUAAGUUUAAUUGGUUGAAAAACGCGAAGAAUGCAAGAAGUAAUCCGUUCGUGAAUCCACGGCCUUCGCUUACCAGAGAGAGUUCUACGGCGGAAUUAUUUUCGAGGCAGAAUUCAAAUUCGGAUUUCUUCCAAAAUUCCAGAUUGAAUCUGUUUGAAAGCUCUCCGAAGCCAGAAUCUACUGAUUAUAAUAGCAAGGGUCUGACUUUCUUAGCAUGGGGCCAGCGUACGAAGCUGGAGAAGUUCCUGCUGGUCUUCAGCGGUAUACUGCUGCUGAUCGUUAUGCUGACAAUCGUAUUGCUGAUCAGCUCGUCAAGCCCGCCAGAGACUUCACCAGGAACAAGUUACGAUCCCAACCUUUGUCUUUCUGGGACAUGUAUUUAUACUGCCAGCGAGGUCAUAAAAGCCCUAGAUGUAACACAGGAUCCUUGUGAGGACUUCUACAACUUCGCGUGUGGAGGGUGGAUCAAAAAUAAUCCGAUACCAGAGGGAAAGUCUACCUGGGGCAUCUUCAGCCAGAUUGAGUUGCAGAAUCAGUUAAUAAUACGCUCAGCUAUGGAAAAAGUAAAGGUCGCCAACUCUUCUGGGGCGGAAGUCAAAGCAAGGAUUUAUUACGAUGCCUGCAUCGAUGCGAACGAGACAAUAGAGAAGUUAGCAGAAAAGCCUCUGAUCGGGGUUAUAAAGAGGCUGGGAGGAUGGCACAUUCUACCCAACACGCUGGUGAAGCAGCAGAAAUUUGACUUGCAGAAGUUGCUGCAGGAUACACAGAAUAAGUAUAAUCUCGGGGGUUUGUUCAACUGGGCGGUUUCUGAAGACGAUCGUAAUUCAACAAAACAUGUUAUCGUGCUGGACCAAGGCGGUCUAAAUCUACCAACUCGGGACAACUAUUUAAACAAAACAGCCCAUAAGAAAGUUCUAGACGCAUACCUUGACUACAUGUCCCGGAUAUGUAUACUAUUAGGAGCUAACAAAACGGAGGCGAGAGCCCAAAUGAACAAGGUUAUCCAAUUUGAGACGGAACUUGCCAAUAUAACGAUACCUUCUGAGGACCGAAGGGAUGAAGAAGGGUUAUAUAAUCCGUACACGAUAAAACAAUGGCAGAGAGAAGCACCCUUCUUAAAUUGGAGCAUGUUCUUUAAUGAUGCAUUUAAACUAGUUAACAGAACGAUUCCUGACGAUGAGAGAAUAGUUGUGUAUGCACCAGAAUAUUUUAAAAACUUGACAAAAGUUCUCAAAAGAUAUACAAAGACUGAAGAAGACCAAAGAACUGUUAACAGCUACAUGAUGUGGCAAGUUUCACGUUCGCUCUCUACGUACUUAUCGAAGCCCUUCCGCGAUGCCUCGAAGAUACUACGGAAGGCUCUGUUCGGGACGGAAGGCGCAGAAGAAUCGUGGCGGUAUUGCGUCACGGACACAAAUAACGCUAUAGGGUUCGCAGUGGGUGCAAUGUUCGUCCGCGAGGUAUUUCACGGCGCCGCGAAGACUGAAGGCGAGAUAAUGAUUGACAAUAUACGAGCGGCCUUCAAACAACACCUGAAGCAGUUGGAUUGGAUGGACGCAGAGACUAGGGAGGCCGCUGAGAGCAAGGCAGACGCCAUCACCGAUAUGAUAGGUUUCCCGGACUAUAUAUUAGAUAAAGAAGAGCUUGACAAACAAUACGAGGAGCUGGUUGUAAGACCAAACGAGUAUUUUGAGAAUAAUAUUGCAUUUAACACGUUCAGUCUGAAGCACGACCUGAGCAAACUAGACGAGCCUGUUAAUAAAACUAAAUGGGGUAUGACCCCUUCAACAGUAAACGCGUACUACACACCAACAAAGAACCAGAUAGUAUUUCCGGCUGGAAUUUUGCAAGCCCCAUUCUACGAUGAAAAUAACCCAAAGAGCGUGAAUUAUGGUGCCAUGGGGGUGGUGAUGGGACACGAGCUGACACACGCUUUUGAUGAUCAGGGACGAGAAUACGACAGGUUUGGGAACCUUAACCAAUGGUGGAAUAACGCAACUAUAGCCAAGUUUAAGAGCCGCGCGCAGUGCAUACAGAAACAAUACUCUCAGUAUUCAGUUGAUGGACAACAUUUAAAUGGAAGACAGACUCUGGGUGAGAAUAUCGCAGACAAUGGUGGCUUAAAGGCGGCUUAUCACGCCUAUUUGGACUACAGCAAGACAGUGGAUCAUAACCUCACUCUGCCAGGUCUUAAGUACUCCCACCGGCAACUCUUCUUUAUUUCUUUCGCUCAGGUGUGGUGUUCAGCCAUGACAAAGGAGUCUACAAAAAUGCAAAUAGAGAAAGAUGAUCACACAAUUGCAAAAUAUCGCGUCAUCGGUCCAAUUUCUAAUCUUCCAGAAUUUUCUGUGGAGUUCAACUGUCCCUUGGGUUCCAAAAUGAAUCCUAAACACAAGUGUGAAGUGUGGUAAUAAUUUAAAAGAGCUUUGUACGAAUGUGAUACAUUGACAUCUAACGUCAUUCGCUUUAUUUGGAAGUAGUACUCUUCGUUGAGUACAAAGAUGCUUAUGACAGUGACAGAUGUACGAAGACGUUAAGCUAACUAUUGCUAUGCAUCUCGCCAAAGAUAUAAGAGUACAUAGAGAAUUUAAUUUAAAAAUGGAAACACAAUCUGAGCAUAAUUUGACGUUUCGUUAUAAGUUAAAAUUAAAUGAUAUUUAUAAGAUAUGUAGUGAGAAAUAUCAUACUAUUAAUUAUUUGUAAAAAAGAUAGUAGUUUGUAUGGCUUAUGCUUUAGCUGAAUAUAUUAAUGAUUAUGUGUCGUGUUGUGCCUAAAGUAUAUAUUUUAUAAUAUUUUUGGAGUAAUGUUACGUGCAUUUAGAUAUUUACUACGAUUAAGUUCUUCAAAUGUUAUAAAUCAUAUUAUUAUAAUAAAAUGGAUCCAUUUCAAUCAAUAAAUCAUCCACAUCUUAAAAGUAACAUUGAGACAAUAUUAUCUAUGUUCAUGAUUACUCUAUAAAUACAUUUAAGUAUCCAUUAGAUUAGAAAAGCCAUUUACUAUUAAAUAUUAUAUAUUUAAGUUUGGUCACGGCAUGGGUUUUGAGUCGUGAGCGCAAUAUAUUAUGUUAAAUUUAUGCAAAAUGUGAAUAAAAUCUGUUGAGUAGUUUUUGCGUUUUGCCCCGAUAUACAUACGGACAGUUUUGUCUGUUUUUCUACUACUGUUUGGUUCCGUUAUUAUUAGAAAACACAGUAUGAUGUUAUGAUUUUAUUAUAAUAUUAUGUACCUAUAGAUUAGUUCAUUCCCUACUUUGAUUACCUACCGUUCUGUAUAAUAGAUAAUAUUAUAUACUCUGCUUAAAAAAACUUAUUGAAUCAGGCGUUAUUUUUCGGAAAUCCAUAAUUAUCUAGAUGUUGUGAUUUUUAUUGAGAGUAUAGUUUUGUAUUUAAUCAAUUCCACACGUGUUUCGCCUCUACACGAGGCUUCUUCGGGAGAUGUUGACUCACCAAAUUCUGGCACGAGAUAUAUUUUUACUCUGGAUGGCUAACCAAUUAUUAGCUACGAACAAAGUGACAGCUACUUUUUGGUCUGAAUCGACGGGCCUCGCAGUACACUUAAAUGAACCAAUACUAUGGCUGCCAACUUCUAGCCAAAGGAGAGUAUGCCCGAUUUCAGAGAGGGCACAUAAAAAGUACAGAUUAAUAAUAAAGAUUUUGCAUAAUUUAUUAAAUAUUUAGAAUUUUUUUACUUGUAAUAUUAUUACUAUAUUUGUACGUGAAUUAUUGUGGCUGCGUAGUGCGUACAUACGCAAUAAGUAUUUAGUACUAUCUACAAUCUACAUGAAGCAGAUUACAAUAAGUACUUUAUUUUAUUUAUUUACGCCAAACUGGCAAAAAUCAGAUGCAAUGAGUUUUAUAAUAUAUUUCAGUGUUUAACUUAUAUUAUCGUAUUAAUGUUUACUUUUGAAGUGUCUUAAGUAUCUUAACCUUCAAAAUAAAAGCUGUUUAUUUUUUCUCUAAUUUUGCAACGUUCGUUGUUUAAAUUAAGUCUGGUAGACUUAUACUGUAUUUAUUAAAAAACUUACGAGAACAUUUUGAUAGUAAUAUUAUCACUAAUUAAAAUUAUUUUAUAAAUACAUAAUAUAUUUAAAAGCGUUAAUUGACGCGUACGUAAAGUUAUUUAUAACAGUUCUGCGCAAUAGCUAUCUAAAGGUAUCAGUCACGAAGUUAAGCCAUGCAGCUAUAAGUUAUUUUGAAUGUAUGUCGUUAAGUAUUAUAAAAUAUACUUUCUUAAGUAAGUUCCAGCUGAAUUAUACUUAAUAAAUAGUAAGAUAGUACUCUUGUAAUAUAUGACAUUUUUCUUUCUAAGUUUUGUAAGUGAUUUAAAAGUGAUAAUUACUGUAAAAGUUUUAACAUUUUUCCUUUUAUCCAAAUAGAAAGCAACCUUCAAAUAUCUGAUAAAUGGUUGAAAAUUGUUUUAUAUAUAUCAUUUAAUGUGCUAAAUAUAUACAUUACGAGUGGGUUGUCUCAAUAAAUACUCCAAAAGCUAUAAUUUAAAAAAAAAAAACAACCGUUCCCAAUAUUCUAUCUACAGAUAGAGAAAAUUAUUACUACCUUCUACUGUCAGUAAUUAGCUGUCAAUAAUCUAAGGCUGUCCCAAUACAAUAAGCCAUUCUUAUCGCCUUAUAUUUGGACGCGUGAAUUGCAAUUGCCAUACAAACUUCUAUCGCUGAUAAGCUAUACGUGCGUCGUCCCAUUGACAGACAACGUGUACGGAUAAGGUGAGCUACCGUCGUAAAGUUUAUUGGGAGAGAAAAGUCAACGAUAGUUACGAUUUUUAUCUCAAGUAAGACUAGAUAGACUGAAUAUUGGGAACGGCCGUUAUCGCAGUAGGUACCCUUUCUUACCGUGUUCGUAAUAUAUCUUUAUCUUUGUUAUCAUAUAAGUUUAUUUAGUUAUUCCAAGUGUUCCACAUUAAAAUUUUAAGAAAAGAUAAUAGAUUUCUUCCAACAAUGGUACGUGAGCCAUUGAAAUAAAAAAAUAUCCAAAACACAAUACAGAAGACGGACUAAAAUUAAAACCCAAAACUACACACAACAUACCUACCAAAUAACUAUUAGUAAAUUUUUACAUAAAACCAUCUGUCUACAGCAAAUUCCACCUCCGAGGCAACAAAUAGCGCUAAGCUUCACAAUGACAAAUGCUCCUGUCAACUGCAGUCCCCCAAAAAACGUGCUCUGCAAAGGUUAUGUAACGUCGAAACGAAAAGUUUGAUAUAAAAUACUUAAAUUAUAUAAUUUAUAUAAUACGUGGGUGAAAGUCAAUUCUUAUUCAGAUUUCAAAGCAGUGGGAGGCUCCUUUGCACAGGAUGCCCGCUAGAUUGUGGGUACCACAACUGCGCCUAUUUUUGCCGUGAACCAGUAAUGUGUAAGCAUUACUAUAUUUCGGUCUGAAAUCGCCGUUGCUAGUGAAAUAACUGGGCAAAUGAGACAACAUCUUAUGUCUCAAGGAGACGAGCGCAAUUGUAGUGCUGCUCAGAAUUAGUAUGAAUUUUUUCAAGAAUCCUGAGCGGAACUGUAUUGUAAUGGGCAGGUCGUAUCAAUUACCAUCAACUGAACGUUCCUGCCUACCUCGUCCCUUAUUUACAUAAAAAAAAGAUCCCCUACUAUAUAGUACAUUUUUAUUCUACAAUUUUACCUGAUUUUAACUUUUUAAGUUUUGACGUUGCUGUCAUAAAAAUCAGAGCACAAGCUUGUCAAUAUUGAACGACUAUUUGGUUCGGAACACUUAUUUAAAAAAUAAUUAAUAAUUUAUUUGUGGUUAAUUAACUCCCAACUAACCCAACAAUAUAGGUAUUUAUAUUCUUACGUAGGUAUUUCAUUUUAAGUACCAAUUUAUCGCGUAGUUUGUAGAGCUGGUCAUAUUUCAUUAGAGUUUAAUAUGAAUUGUAAAUGAAAUUCUAGAAUUAAUAUUUUUCAUAUUUAGAGUACCAACCUAGGGGACUUUUAUAAAACAUAACCAACAUAUUCAGAAGUAGCAAUCUAUUUUAUGAAGCUUCUUAUUUAACAGUUACCAUAUCGACAUGUUUUAAUUUACUACUACAGAGGUCAUAUCGGAGCUUUAUGAGUUCGUUAUUAAUUGCUUGUUGAAGUGGUAUGUAUAAUCAUAUAAAAUGUUCAUUAUCAGUAUCAGAGAGAUACUGAUUUACUGCUAUGCAAUGGUAAAUACAAUACUAUAAUAUCAUUAAAAAAUAAACAAAAAAAAAAAUAGACAAAGGUAGGUAAAAAUAGACAAAGUUGCCUAGCCGCCUUAUUCAUAAUAAAAUACUUAUCGAAGUCUUAUAACCCUAUAUAAUUUAAAUUAUCACCAAUAAUAUUUACCCGUUACGUCGGACCAAAUAAGGCCAUAUGUUUAGGCUAUAAGUUAGCUUAUAAAUAUUAUUUCGGGUCUAUCUUUAAAACAUUUUAUUAAGAAUUUGUUUAAAUUAUACUACUUAUUAGAACAAGUUUAACAAUAAUAAUAACAAUACCUAGUUACUUAAAGUUUCAAUAAUUAUUUGGAUUUCCCUCCCUUAAUGGCGAAUCUGUAAGUUAUUUGGAUUAAAUAUAAUUUUUAGAAAACUUUAUGUUUUUCGCAUUAUCAAACAUGUGAUUGUUAUGUAUGACUCUAUUUCUAUUUGCCGGCUAUAAGUUAUUAUGUAUUUUUUAAGAAUAAACAAUAACACAGAAUUUUCUAAUUUAUAUUUUGCCAACGUAAAGAUGACAUUAUUAUUAUUGUUUUUAAUGUUUACAUAAUGUUAUUUGCAUGAAAUAUUAAUAAUUAUUUAAUAAAUUGCAAUAUACCUUAUGUUAAUUAGUUAAUUUCCAAAUUCAGAUAAUUUAUUUUUGUUGACUGAUCAGUAAUAAGCAAGUAAUAGGUUUGUAAUUUGUGAUAAAUCAACUGCAUAAUAAAAAAAAAUAUGUACCUAUUGGAAAAGUUUUUUAUUUAUAUAAUCAAUAAAUAUAAAUUAUACUUCAUAAGAAA